GGAGCAUUCCUACCGGACAAGCGCGCAUUUCGGGAGGAGCACAGGAUUCGGGGAUAUGAAGUAAGCCCUGACCAGCGGGCAACUAUGGUGACCAUGGCUAACUUGUUACAGGAAGUGGCUGGUAACCACGCCGUCGGCAUGUGGGGACGAACUGAUGAAGGCUUUGCAAACCUUCCCAGCAUGAAGAACGUUCUCUUUGUGAUGACAAGAUUACAAGUGCGGAUGUUUCAAUAUCCUAAAUGGGGCGACAUCGUUGACAUUCAAACGUACUUCACGGAGGAGGGCCGUCUGGCGUUCCGACGAGACUGGAAAGUAACUGACGCAGCCACGGGCACGGUGUUGGGCGCAGCGACGAGCACCUGGGUGACGAUCAACAUGGAGACACGGCGUCUCUCAAAGCUUCCCGACAACCUGCGCAAGCAGUUCUUGCGGUUUGCGCCGGCGAGCAGCAAGCACGUGCUACCUGCCGAGGAGACGAAGCGGAAGCUGCCUGACAUGGACAUGCCUGGCCAGGUCCAGGGUCCGAAGCAGGUGGCGCGCCGCAGCGACAUGGACAUGAAUGGUCACAUCAACAAUGUGACCUACAUUGCAUGGGCGCUGGAAAGCGUACCGGAAGACGUCUAUCACACACAUCACCUGAGCGAGGUG